AUAAAGAAAAAUAAGCGUAUACAAAAUGAUCUAAAUUACUUACAUGAAGAAAAAGAGCAUAUACAAAUUUCUAUAAAUCAAAUUGUCCCCUUAACUAAGCAACUAAAUAAUGUGAAUAAUAAGCUUAUGGUUCAAAUUACUUGCGAACGAAAGUCUCGUGCUGAUCUUAAUGCCAAACAGUUAAAAGAAAUAGAAUCACUAAAGUUUAAGAUUAAUUUACUAGAAAACUCACUAUCUUUAUUAGAACAAAUAGCACAAAAAGCUUUAUUAAAGGAUACUGAUACUACCCAGUCUCUUCACGAGAUUAGAAUCUCUCUAAAAUUAGAUCCACUAUCUAAUGAUUUAAGAAUAGGUGGCGAUGCUAUAGAAGAGGUAUCUGGUUUCUCUAAGACCUCCUCUUUUUCUUUACAUCACUCAGAGCUUAAUCUCGAUAAAUGCAAUGUAAAAGAG